UCAACAUUACUCCGCCUACGUCUCGUUCUGUGGAAGGAAGUUUACCAGGCCCACUGGAAUCGGUUGUAGUUACUAAAGGUGGCACUUAAAUGCCUAUGUGCUUCCCUGUUUGUCGUUAGCCGGUCUAUUGUUAUUAUUAUCUACAGUCCUGAGACGAUAGCCGCAGAGUGCAUGCUUUAAGCGCUGUAACAAAGGCGAAAGUAGGCUAAACCAGACAACGCGGACUUUUUGAGGCAAAACAUACUGUAGCUGUUGCGCACGAGCACCCAUCCGUGCACGGUCUCUGUCAUAUUAAUCCUACUAAACGGCAGCCCUGUAGCCUACGACUGGACCGCAUAUCUUGGGCAUGAGGGAACUUGAAGGCAGGAAAUAAAGCGCGCUCCUCCGCUACUGGCACAUCGUGUAUAACAGGGAAGUAAACCAAACCUUUUUUCUGCGCUGCUGAAAAGUUGUCCGUGCUGAACCGCUCGGUGUCGGUGCUCUCAGUUGAUUUCUCCUCGGUAAAAACAUUAAAACGACAGUAAAGACCCAGCUCUUAAGGGACAAACGUUAUAUUUAAAGUGAGGGAUGGAGACAGGACAUGCUCAGUAGUUUAUUCGGACUGGCGGAGUACUUGUGACACAGAGGACACCAGAGCAUAUUCAAUGGUUGAAAUCUAAAUUUAACUGAAGUGCUUCUCUGAUCAUGGCUCAGUGGUUACGCAUGUCCCAGAUGUUACAGUGCCUGCCUGAUGACACUAUCAACAACCUCUAUCCCCCAUCCGCCUUCCCCAUCGAAGUCAGACACUUUUUAGCUGAGUGGAUUGAGAGACAAAGAUGGGACGACUUUGCGCUGGAAAAUGUGGAGCAGGAGAGCCAAGCUCGGGCUCUGUUGGACCAGACAAUCAGCAUGCUGCAAUCGAUUGCUCAGCAGAACGGCAACGUGGUGGACAGGAUGAAGCUGAUGCAGAUCAGCAGGAACAUGACUAUGUUUCAGCAAGAUUCUCUACAAUUUACUGUGAUGGUCAGGGAGAUCCUCACAAAGGAGAGGGUCCUGCUCGGCACGCCCGCUCAGAUGCCCAACCCCCCACAGUUCCAACAGUACCCGAAUAUAGAGUCCUCGUUCCCCAACAUGCAGGAUGUAGACCACCUGGUCCUGAAGGUGAUAGAGGUCCAGGACAUCCGACAAAAGAUGCACCAGCUGCAAGAAGAGCUCAACUGGGAGAGGCAGAACUAUGAGCGUUUACAAGGGCCAAUUCAACAGAACGGACUUGAUCACACAAAGUCAGAAAUUCAGAAACUCCAGAAUCACAUCCAGAAGCUGGAGUACAAUGUGAAAGCAAUGGCCACGAAGCGUUUCCAGCUGCUGAAGGAGUGUGUUGAUUGUUUGGACCAAUGUCAGACCCGACUGAUCAGCAGGCUGAAGGCGUGGAGGUGGGAUCAGCACAAGGCCACCAUCGGACAGCCAUUUGACGAAAACCUCAACCCCCUACAGACCUGGUGUGAGCAGUUGCUUGGUGUAAACGGGAAGCUGAGACAGGAGUUGAUGCUGAUAGGGGAACCGAUCCCAGAGCUCGAGGAAAGGCUGGGGAAACUUCUGCAGGUUCUGAUUCAAAGCUCUCUUGUAGUGGACAGGCAGCCCCCUCAGGUCAUUAAGACUCAGUCAAAGUUCUCCACAACAGUGCGAUAUCUGCUGGGGGAAAAAGUUGCUCCUGGGAAGCCUGUGGUGCUGAAGGCGCAAAUCAUUAAUGAACUUCAGGCCAGGAACCUGAGCAGUGUACCUGGUGAUAAUGUCGGGGAACUGAUCAACAAUACAGCCAUCCUAGAACACAACACAUCCAGCAAAAGCACGUGUGCCACCUUCAGGAAUAUGUCCAUCAAGAAGAUCAAGAGAGCAGACAGAAAGGGAUCAGAGUCUGUGACAGAAGAAAAAUUUGCUCUCCUGUUCUCGACGGAGAUCAACAUCACAGGCUGUGACACUCCCUACAGGAUACAGAUGAUCUCACUGCCGGUGGUCGUCAUUGUUCAUGGUAGUCAGGACCACAACGCUUUGGCCACCAUCAUAUGGGACUGUGCUUUUUCUGAACCAGACAGAGUGCCAUUCAUGGUGUCGGAGCGCGUGCCAUGGAGGAUGAUGUACAGCACUCUCAACAGUAAAUUCACCUCCGAGGUCUCGACACACCACAAUCUGGACCAAUACAACCAGCACUUCUUGGCCCAGAAGAUAUUCGAUAAGCCUGACUUUGCCGACGAUUUCAGCAACAUUUUGGUUACCUGGGCCCAGUUUAAUAAGGAGGUGCUCCCGGGUCGACCCUUCACUUUCUGGCAGUGGUUUGAGGGAGUGAUGGAGCUGACCAAGAAGCACCUGAGGGAGUACUGGAGCGAAGGGCUGAUAUUUGGUUUCAUUGGGAAGCAGCAUCUACACCUGAUUCUCAAAGACAGGCCCAACGGGACGUUCUUGCUUCGCUUUAGUGACUCUGAGAUCGGAGGCAUCACAAUUGCAUAUGUGUCCGCUACUGAGAAUGGAGGACAGAAAAUCCAGAACAUCCAGCCCUUCACCAAGAGAGAUCUUGAGAUCCGUAGCCUUGGAGACCGCAUCCGGGACAUAGACCACAUAACAUACCUGUAUCCUGAAUUUCCAAAACAUGAAGUUUUCAAAAAAUUCUACACAGAGCCUCAAGCGUCACCCGUCGGGGGCUACAUCCCUGUGUCUCUCCAAACCAAAGUCGGCACGGAAGCUAGCUCAGACACACCCCCACCUCUGACACCCCUCCCAGAAAGCCCUCACAGUGCUGUUGGCUUCCCUUCUGUUUCAGAGGAUAUGGAUCUAGAUAUUGACAAACUCCUCGAGAGUCUGCAUCAGUAGGAAGAUUUCCCACCAAAGUUGGUUUCGGAGUGCAAAGCAGACAUCUGAUAGAGACCAGAGCCCAAAUCGUCUCUCUUACCUUCAUAUGAAAGGAGCACCAUUGCUUGCACAGACUUUCUUCCUCCACUUUCAUCAUCCAUCUACAGAUUCGUCUACUUUUGAGUAAAACGAAAUGUGAUUAUUCUGGUUGACCUGGUGCUAUGUCAAAUAGGAAAUCAUUUUAAGGACAAAGUCAAACUGAGAACAAACGGAAAGAACGAAAAGUGCUGUCAUCCUUGUUGUGCACCUCUUUAAAAAGAAACCCUGUCUCACCGGGUGGUAGGUUUGUUGAUGUUGUUCUCCACUCAGUGGACAGUCAGCCACCGGAGAUUACUUUUGAGGUUAUGUUGUCCUCUGUGCUUGUUGCAUGUUUUCAUGAAGAGGAAAGCAUAUCUGAGUAGUUUUUCCCUAUUGUAUAUAACCCUUCCUUAUGAUGCUAAGCCUCAGCUAUAGUAUAUUAUACACUCAAUCUCACAGUAACUCACAGUAUGCAUGGUAAAGACUUCAUAACUCA